CCUCGCGUCGCCAAACCAUCCACCCACCCCCCUUCCCCAUCAGCGGCAGCCGUGGUGCGCCGUGCGCCGCCGAAAGCAGAGAUCUUUCCGGAGAUCCACUCCCAACAAAUCCGGCCACCCUCCCUCCUCCUCCUCCUCCUCCUCCUCCCUCGAUCGCGCCCUCCUCCACUCCAAGUCCAACCUACCUACCUCCGCCCUCCUCGCGGUAGGGAUCGAUUGGCUCGGGGGGGAGAAGGCGACGUCGCCGCCGGGUCGCCUUCCCGCCCCUUCCCUUCCCUUGCCCUCCCUCCUCGGAUGCCCCUCCCUUCCCGUCGCAAGGUCUGACAUUGAGGGCCAACAUGGAGCUCUUUGGUGGGUAGAAGUCCACAUAUAUAGGCAUUCUUGAAAUUUGUUGAUUAAUUUAUUAACCAUUCAUGUUGAGGGCAAAGCAACUCAGCACGCUAACCCAGUGUGCACGGUCCUUCUAUCUUAGUGGGUCAAGGUGUGGUAGUGCGGAUGGAGCUUCGUGCACGUGCCCUGAUGAUGACGCUUGUGGUUCAAAGAGGCAGACUGCAAGUGCUAUCGAGCGCAGAUCUUCUGUGAAGGUUCAGCCUCCGUCUGCGCAGCAUGUUGCUGGUGGUGCUGCUGGAUACCCAACUCAUCAAGCUGUUAAUGUCAUUCCUUCGACCUCAUCUCCAGACAAGGAGCCAGCAUCAAGUAACAGAGGUAGCCAUCCUGGUAACCGUCAGGUUCAAGGAAAUAAUUAUGUGCAGCCAUCUAAGCAGGCCGCCAGGGGCAUUUCUCAGUCCGGAAUCGCAGGAGCCGGCGUGUAUAAUGAGUUGGUAAAUUUGAGGCCCUCCUCGAAUAACGGAAGCAGUAAGCAAGCUCCACAGGCUGGUGGUGCCAACUAUUCUAACAAGCCAUUAUCAUCUGGUGGCCAGCCUUCUUCUAAUAACAAGGCAAAUAAUCAGCAUAGCCAUGCUGGGCAAAAUACGCCUUGUGCACCUUCCAUGCAAAAUGAUUUUGGGAAGGGGGGCUCAAGACCUGGAUACCACGCAAAGCCGAAGCAGAAUUUCUCAGGGCCAGCGGCUGCAGUUUCCGGUUCACCGUCACAAGUAAGGAAUCAAAGGCACCCUAAUCAGGGCCAUUCUAAUAAUAAUGGUCCCAAUUCAGAUGGCAGGUGGGCCGGUGUUCAAACUCGCAACUUCUCAGCUCCAAUGACUGCAUAUAGUGGUGGUCCCUCUGACAAACCUCAGGGCCCUUCAGUAGGAACAAUGAAAGGUCAUGGCGGAGGACCGCAGUCUAACCUAAGAUCACUGAAGUCAUUGCGGGCGGUCGAACAGUACUACCAUACGCUGCAGCAGAUGAAAUGGGGUCCCAUGACGGAACAUGUUCUUGAUGGUCUCCGUUGCAAGAUCGACGCGUUCCAGGCCAAUCAAGUGCUCAAGCUGCUCCACGACCACAAUAUCGCGCUUGGUUUCUUCCAUUGGUUGAAGCGGCAGCCAGGGUUCAAGCAUGAUGGCCACACCUACACCACCAUGAUCGGGAUCCUCGGACAGGCGAAGCAGUUUGGCACGAUGAGAAAGCUUCUCGAUGAAAUGAGCUCGGUAAACUGCAAGCCAACCGUGGUGACAUACAACAGAAUAAUACACGCUUACGGCCGUGCAAACUAUCUGAGGGAGGCUGUCAAGGUCUUCGAGGAGAUGGAGGGAGCCGGUUACCAGCCUGACCGCGUCACGUACUGUACGCUGAUCGACAUCCAUGCUAAGUCAGGGUACCUGGAAGUGGCCAUGGAUCUGUACGGCAGGAUGCAGGAGGUCGGCCUCUCGCCCGAUACAUUCACCUACAGCGCCAUGGUCAACUGCCUCGGAAAAGGGGGCCAGCUCGCGGCCGCCUACAAGCUUUUCUGCGAGAUGAUCGACAACGGGUGCACGCCCAACCUGGUCACCUACAACAUAAUAAUCGCCCUGCAGGCCAAGGCGAGGAACUAUGACAAUGUCGUCAAGCUCUACAGAGACAUGCAGAUCGCUGGGUUCCGCCCCGACAAGAUAACCUACAGCAUCGUCAUGGAGGUUCUUGGUCACUGUGGUCACCUGGACGAGGCCGAGGCCGUCUUCCUCGAGAUGAGGCGCGACUGGGCUCCCGAUGAGCCCGUGUACGGCCUCCUAGUGGACCUCUGGGGCAAGGCCGGGAACGUCGACAAGGCGUUAGGGUGGUACCAUGCCAUGCUCCAGGACGGUCUGCAGCCCAAUGUGCCCACCUGCAACUCCCUCCUCAGCGCCUUCCUCAAGCUCAACAGGUUCCAGGACGCCUACGGCGUGCUCCAGAACAUGCUCGCACAGGGCCUCGUCCCGUCUCUCCAGACCUACACCUUGCUGCUCAGCUGCUGCACCGACGCGCACGCGCAGAUGGGGUUGUGCUGCCAGCUCAUGGCCAUCACCGGACACCCGGCCCACAUGUUCCUGCUCUACCUGCCCGACGCCGAGCCCGGCGGCGAGAACGUGAGGGACCAUGCCAGGUAUUUCCUGGACAUGAUGCACAGCGAGGACAGGGAGAGCAAGCGGGGCAUAAUGGACGCGGUCAUAGACUUCCUCCACAAGUCGGGGCUCAAGGAGGAGGCCGGCUUCAUCUGGGAGGUAGCCGCGCAGAGGAACGUCUACCCGGACUCCGUCAGGGAGAAGAGCUCCUCCUACUGGCUCAUCAACCUCCACCUCAUGUCUGAGGGCACCGCCGUCACCGCCCUCUCCAGGACGCUCGCAUGGUUCCACAGGCAGAUGCUGCUCAUGGGGUCCUGCCCGGAGAGGAUCGACAUCGUCACCGGCUGGGGGAGGAGGAGCAGGGUCACCGGGUCGUCGCUCGUCCGGCAGUCCAUCGAGAAGCUGCUGCAUCUCUUCCAGUUCCCGCUCUUCGCCGCGCGCGGCAACACCGGCUGCUUCGUCGGGUGCGGGGAGCCGCUCAGCCAGUGGCUGCACAACCCCUACGUCGAGCGCAUGCAUCUGCUCUAGCUCUAGUUGUUACUUGUUAGUGCCUGCUACAUUAUUGCUAGCUAGGUUAUCAUCAUCAGCUAGGAAUAAACAACUUCAUUAGCUUAGCUAGCUGAUGAACAGGUGCAGUUUUGUUCUUAUGGUUAUCAAACAGUCUCCUUGGAUUGGAUGAAGCAUCUGUUCUAGUUUCAUCGACUGUAGCGUCAUCUGUUCUAGAAUUUGUCUGUAGUGUGGUGUUGAAACUGAAACUUACUUAUCUGUGAUGAGAACAUUUAGAGAUUGCAUUGUUGCGUUCAGGAUUAUGUAGACAAUGGAAUUGUUUUAUGUUUCAAGUUA